AUGGCGACGACGUGCGCGCCGUGGGUGGUGACGCCCGUGCGCGCGCGCGCGCGCGUGGGUCUGGGACGUCGGACCGCGGUGCGCGGACGCGGACGACGGACGGGCGACGCGCGAGCGACGGGAGACGGUUCGGGGGAAACCACCGAUGGGUCGUCCGAGUCAUCAUCGUCGUCGACCUCGCGCGCGUCCGACGCGGGACGACGGACGACGCGAACGACGCGCGCACGGGAGAACGAGCGCGUGCGGAUGGCGAUUGAGCGCGUGAUGUCCAAGGAUUGGCUCUCGGCGGGGACGGGGGCGGCGCUGUGCGCGGGAUUCUUCGUGAGUCGCGGCGAAAACGUGGGCGCGGCGGCGUCCAUCUUUUGCGCGGCGACCGUCAUGGCGGUCGUCGUGGAGGAUGUGUUGGAGGAUUCGGAGAAUCCGUGGAUUUAA